AAGAACACGCCAGUCAACAUUGUCGACCUCAUCGAUGCGCGGCGGACAGGCAAGCGAGUGGAGGUAUGGGACAACUUUGAAGAGUUCCGCGCCUAUACCCUCCAGGAUGAGAAGAGGAUUGAUCUCCGCGAAGCAAAGAAGCCCCCUGGGUAUCUUGCUUCGUUGUUGCAGCACCUG